AGUCGUGUCAAAGGAGGUGACAAGAUGACUGCUGUUAGCUGGACGGUAGACCUUGAUAAAAAAGAGCACAAAAACUGGGUAAUGGUUGGAUGUGCCCUGAACAUAACCAAACAUGGAAUAGCACAGUUAAUCCAAGGGAAAAUGGUGGCUUGGUACCAGUUUAUCAAAUCUAACCCUCCUCUGCAAUCACUUCCCCCGUGUACCUGUGCACGUCACUCUUCCAAGUGCGCUACUUGCAGCAUGUGGAAGAAGGAGCUGAAGCGCCUCCACAAGUCCCCACGACCAAAGAUUUGUUGGGACAACAGUGAUAGACAACAGUGGGGCUCUGCGACGGGGGCAUGGGAGAUAGCUAAAGUUUUCAUGCCAACCCUUGGAACUCGUAAAGGGGACAUCACUGAUGCCGACACGACAGACAUCGGGGGACUUUUAAACCUGCUAGAGUGGUGCCCUUUUAUCAAUCCUCCAGUCAAUCGUGCAGUUUUGCGCUCAGUGCGAGACGAGGGUAGAAAUCGCUGGGCCCAUUCUCCAAAGCAAGAACUUAACGAUGCAGAUGUCAAAACCAUAUUUGGACAUCUCAAUGGCCUUCUUAAUGACCAAGUGUUUCGUGCUGACAAGGCAGCCCAAGAAUCUUCCAAAAACCUGCAAGAUUUGUUCCGUCAUGGACUACUAACCGUUAGGGAGUCCGAAGUUGAGGCCCUUCAUUUGCUUCGUCAGUCGCUAGUUGCAGACAUAAUAAAUUUCAAGGAUGACCUAUCUGAGGUGCAGGAACAAGUUGAUUUAAAAGGAGAAGAAAUUGCUGAGGUAAGGGAGCAGCAAGUGGAGCUGAGAACAGAGCUACAUGAAGAUCAAGAUAGAGUUACUGAGCUAGAUGCCAAGAUAAGAAGAGCAGAAGAAUUAUCAGGGAAAGAGACAUACAAACUAAAAGAACAAGCUCGAUUGCAUGGAGAAGAAAUUGCCAAAAUUCAAGAGCAGCGGAAUAACGUAGUGGAAGAAGUUUCAGACCUUAAAGCAAAAAUGUCCACGAUACAGACAGCUGUCGAACGUUUCAAUAUGUCACUUAAAGAGCGUGAUGAUUUGCAGGAUGCCUUAAAAGUUAUUAGCGAGGACCUGGACGAUGUAAAAAGUUGUAUGCGUAACGUCGUAUUGGAACUUAACACCACAGACAGUAAAGUUGCCAAAUUGGAAUAUGAAGUAAAGGAAGUGACAAGUGAAGUAGAAACAUUAAAGGAAAAAUUCCAACCAGGACAGAAUGGAGACGGUAUGAACGCAAUUUGUGCUGCGCCACUGAAACUACGAGAGUUCACUGGUCGUGAGAACGCCCUUGUCUGGUUAGAAAAAAAUUUAGUCUCGGAUCAGAAUUCUGAAAGUCCACCUAAAACAUCAUGCUGCACCAAAACAAUUUGUGGCCUCGGAGGAUGUGGCAAGACCUCACUGGCUAUAGAAUUUUCUUGGAGAUGGAUCAAUCACUUCACAGGUGGAGUGUUCUGGGUUAAUGGGGAAAGUGAUGAAAAUGUAAGUAAAUCAGUUGCCGAGAACUUUGCGCUCUUAAAUGUGGCUGCGUCCACAAGAGAGAAUGUAGAUGAUUCCCUAAACAAAUUUCUGACUCUACUAUCCAAUGAAAAUCGCCCAUGGCUUCUCGUAGUGGAUAACGCAGAUGACGUAGGAAGUCCAACAUGUCCCACAGGUGUAGAGAAAAUAUGCAAAGGGCCUUGGCAAAGAAAUGCAAGAGCGCCCAAGAAUGGACACGUACUGCUUACGACAAGAAAAAAUGCAAAAGACACCGCAACAUUCUUAAGGCUGUCCCCUACUAAUUGCCUGAAGCUGCAGUGCUUCAGUGAAGAAGAAGGUGCCUUGUUCCUAAUUCGAAGAACAGGACUUGAAGGGGAAUCGCUCUACCAAGGAGCAAUUGAUUUAGCAACAGAAUUAGGAGGUCUUCCAUUAGCCCUCGAGCAAGCAGCAGCUUACAUAUCCGCUCUUCCUAUUUCUAUUACCUUCAAAGAUUACCUUGACAAGUAUCGGCAUGUAAAGCUUCGUCUUCUACAGCAGAAGCCAGUCACUGCCCUUAGUGUAGAAGCACAGCACCGACUCUCCGUACACACCACGUGGGAGAUGAAUUUUUCAUUCGUGAUCGAAAAAUCGCCCGCUGCCGCCACCAUGAUGCGCAUUGCAUCCUUUCUAACGUCCGAAAGUAUUCCUUUCGACGUCAUAAAUCCUGGGCUUCCUACAGUAAAUCAAGCAGAACUGAGAGAAGCUGCGCGUUCUAAGAUUGACACUGCUCACAUCCUACAGGUACUGACCUGUUACUCUCUAUUCUCGGUGGAUCAGCAUAACAGGGUAUUUGGUGUCCACAAACUUGUUCAAGAGGUGGUUCGAGAUAGCCUGACCCCAUCACUAAAGGAAGAGACUUUGGUGGCAGCCAUGCGCGUUAUUCACUGUGCUUUAACCAAGAGAAGUGAAAAUUGUGCAAAUGUAACACUAAAUAACGACACGAGAUACUUGUUGGAGAUGAAGGAAGAGGAUAAAAAUAUCCUCAUAGCCCUUUUAUUGAAUUUCAGGCAGGUAAAGGAUCAUAUAAAGACACAGAUCAAGUCUUCAAAGGGAAACUUUGUCCGUGUCCUAUUCAGAGAUGAGACUUUCUGUCGAUUGUGCUCGUUUGUAGAACGGCUUGUGGGGGCGAACAUAUCCUUUUAUAGACUGAAAGCUGAAUUCGCAGAUUUCUUAUUACAAGUACGAAAAAUGCAUUCUGAAGGUGAACCAAAUAUUUUGGAUAUUAUGUUGCACGCAAGUGUCAGUAAGAGAAAUUGCUCGGACUUACGAAGUUACGAAGAGUCAAAGACUCUGGCUGACGAAACCGUGCAGAAACUUCGCGAUCUGGAGGAGGCUGGUGUCAUUAUAGACGACGAUACCAAAUAUCGUGUCCUUCAGCACAAAGCUUCCUUUUAUGCCUUAGAAGGACAAUGGGAGAAAAAUUACAAAGCACUACUAGAACUUGAGAAAUUGAGACUGAGUGAUGGUUGUUUUGUAGAGCUUCAGAUUUUGACAGGAAGAGCAGAAAACUUCGCGUCUUCUUGUAAUUUCAAACUAGUUUUGAAACGUUAUCAGAAUGCCUUGGAGCUUGCCAGGCGAAUAAAUCCUCCAGAUAAGCCCCUGCUGUUACGUGUUCUUCAGUACAUCACUCGUCAUCUCGAAAACGAGGGAAAGCUUGGCGAGGCUAAGCCCUAUGCUGACGAAAUGGUGGAGAUGAGCAGUUCAAUGCCACAUGAGUCUGAUUGGUACAUAAGAGGAAUGACCGCCGCUCUUAGUAUACUCAGCAAUUUUGAGACGCAGAAAUCGGAAGACAUGUUGCUGAAUAUCCUAAAAGAGAGAUGGCCUAAGAUACACAAGAGCGUGAUUAACGGUCGCCCGGAAACAAAUGCAACCACCAUCGAGGAUGGCAGCAAUGACCACGCAUGUCAAGUUUUAGAUCAUCUGUUUGAUUGCAUGAAAAUUUCAAUGAGAACAAAACAAGGAGGCCGAGGUGGUUUCUCUAAAAAGAGAGGAAAAAUUUCCUUGACAGUAGCACAAAUCUCAUUGGAAAUUCGAAAGAAAUUUUGCGGUGAGGUUCAUCCACAGCUAGUUGGAAAUUAUGCCGCUUUGAAAAUCGCAUACGAGUUCUUAGGAAAUAGUGUGAAAGCAAAAGAAUGCAUUGAGUUGCUGAAGCAGUGCCAGACAACCAAGCCAACAACACAAGCCAACCAAGGCUUGCCGCCAAUUGAUACUAACAUAUUCCUUGCCCGGAGAAUAAAAGAUAAUGGCAAUAUAUUGUUCAAGGCAGGAGAUUUUUUUGGUGCACUCAAAUUUUACACUGAAGGUUUAAUUCUAUCACCAAACGAUGCCAAGUUGCUGAGUAAUAGGGCUGCAACAAAUAUAAAACUAUCGGAGAGGCAAUGCUCAUUGGAAGAUAAGCAGAAAUACCUUCGAGAAGCCUUACAUGAUUCACAGAAUGCAAUGGCAGCAGAUCCCUCUUGGGUGAAAGGGUAUUUUUGGAAGGCUGUUUGCCUUGCUCAUCUUGGCAAACGAGGUCCUUCACUUGCCACAGCGGCCGUUGCUCAGAAUCGGUUCCCAUCGAAAUGCUCAAGUAUUCCAGUUGUGGUUAAUCGCUUUGGAUCUUAUUACGUAGAGAUUGUGGACUCAGUGCAAGACCUUCAAACCGCAACUGAGAAAACAAACGCCCCGAAUCUAGUGAUUGUAAUAAAAGAAGGGAGGUACCAGCUUCCAGAGCCCUUGGCUAUUCCCGAAAAUGCUGUUUUAGUUGGUCUUGGCGACGUCCAAGUAAUGUGCUCUAAAGGUGUUCCAUUAAAGAUUGAUGCAACCAUUUACAUGGAGAACAUUGUACUAACGCCGACAGGGGAGUCCAUUCAAAGACUUAAAGGAAAGGCAAAAUCGUGUCUCGAUGGUGGCCAUGUUGAUGCAGCUUUAGGGCUGUAUAAAGAAGCUCUGGUUUCAUAUCCAAACCAUCCAAAUAUUCUUACCAGCAGGGCUUUAGCCUACUUAAAAUCUGCUCAACAACAACAAUCUAUUCCGUCCAAGAAAAGGUCUCUGUUACAACUUGCACUGAACGAUGCAGAUGCUGCCAUCAAGGCCGACCCUUCCUGGCUGCUUGGUUACCACACCAAAGCAGUAGCCUUAUCAGAACUCGACAGAAAGCCGGAAGCACUGGCCGCUGCCGCAGUGUUUAAACACCUAAGCCGAGGUCGGGAUGUGUCGGAAGUUAUUCAACACUAUGGAGAGCUUCAAGUCCACGUUGUUGAAAGGUCGGACCAGCUGCCGUGUGUUUUUGAAAAUGCCAAGAAACUGAGGGGGAAGGAUCAGAUCAUCUUGAUAAAAGAAGGGAAAUAUGUUUUAGAGAGAAGUAUGGACAUAACACAACAGUCUGUGAUCAUUGGUCACGGGAAAGUAUCAAUAGAAUGCAGGACUGGACCACCUUUUCGCUUUCUGGUAGCAUGUUAUGUAGAAAAUGUAGAAAUGCCUGGGGACUGUGUCAGUAAUCAGGAAUUACAUGACUGCAGAUCGAAUGAGACUGCUUCAGAAGUGAUUCGUCUCGCCACACCCUCGGACAAGGACCACAUAAGUGAUGAAUGUAAAGUGAACUAACCAUCCUUCGAUGCUUAUUUUGUGUAUUGUCAUGCUGAGG